AUGGGCAAAUUUCUGACUCUCACAAGAUCACUUUCCCGACCUGCAUACACAGUUUUGAAGGGCACAGCUAGCAGCGGAGCCUUGGCAGAAUUCGAAGCAGAGAAGCAAAUCUUCGAACGAAGACAAAUGGAACUCCUCAACGAUGCCACACACACAGAAAAGGACUCUUCCUACUCAUGGCAGACUUCCCAGAAGAACUACCACUACUAA